ACUGAAGUAUCAAGUUUGACACCGUAUCAGUCUCGAUGUUACUUCAACUGUAUAGGUUAUUAUAACGCUUAUGUCCGAAAAACUAUAAAACCACUUCAAAAUUUCAUUGGACUAACGCAUUUGUUUUUGGAAUGGAACAAAUAUACUCCACGCUUUCAGCGAUGACCAGUAAAGAAUACACGGUUCAGCCUAUGCGAUUUCCAGAAGAUGGUAACAAGGUGAUUCUGGAGUACACAAUGGUGAAUUACACACGCCUGGAUUUAAUUACCAAGACUUAUGUAGUAGAUUUUGAGCCAAAGUCUGUUGAAGAAUGCCCUAUUAAACAUACACACGAAUUUGAUUCUGACAAGGCUGAAUAUCCGGCUCCGGAGAUUACUAUGAAACCCGUUGCAAUGUGUCGAGAUCCAUUCAGGUUAGGCAAGCAUAAGAUAGUUCUGUGUGAGCCACUAUACGCCGAUCAACGAAAUAAAGAUAUCGCGUUCAAUACAAGGAAGAAGUGUAAAGAGAUUUUGGAAAAGGUAAAAGAGCAAGAGCCCUGGUUUGGAAUUGAGCAAGAAUUCUAUAUCACCGAUAAAAACGAUAUUCCUUUGGACUGGAGUAUUCAUGAGCUUUCGAUAGAUAUCAACAGUGAAAUGACAGUUGGAGAUCAUGUAGGGUUUGAGCGCCAUUUUGUUGACCUUCACCUUCGAGCUUGUAUCUAUGCAGGUCUGGAGAUGUAUGGAAGCGUCAGAGAAAUUCUACCGUCAGAGUGGGAGUUUCAAGUAGGUCCACUGCCAGGAAUACAGACGGCUGACCAGCUUAUUCUUGCCCGUUAUAUCCUCGUACGUCUGGCAGAGAUUCACAACGUUAAGAUAUCAUUCCGCAACAUUGAUUGUGCGCGUGACACAAAUGCACGACAAGCAUUACAUCUUAAUUUUAGUACUAAGAAAACUCGUGCUGAAGAUGGUAUAAAGAGCAUAUAUGAAAUCAUAGCAAAUAUUUCAAAAUAUCCACAAGAAGCUUUGUUCAGACACUACGAUCUUUCACAUGGAGAAGAAAUGAAAUGGUAUCUGGACAGUGGAUUUUACGUGGCUUCAUAUCACAAAUUCAAACAUACAAUAGGUGAGAAACAUAAGUCAAGUAUUAGAAUACCUAGACAUGUGGCAAAUGAAGGCAAAGGAUAUAUUGAAGAGAGAAGACCAGUGUCAAGUGCUGAUCCAUAUGAUGUUUGCCGAGUUUUUACUUAUGCGGCUUUGUUUGAUCAUAACGGAGAGCCCCUUCUUUAGCAUUACACAUGUAAGAUAGUUCUGUGUUAAUGCGUCUACGCUUUCUAAAGUUUUUUGGUUCAAACCUUCUUUGGUUUACAUGACUUUUGCAGUAAAAGCAGUUACCUUUCCAGACCAGGUUUGAAACAUUUGUGUGAAUCUAGAAGCAAUGUGUAUGCAAAGCUACUCUUACUGGCCAUAUUGUUUAUUGUCACAUAUGAUUUUUUUUCUGGAUUCAAACAUAAUAUUUUGUUGGUUAUCAUUUUGAUAUACACUUAGAAAAAGGAAAACCACAACAUCCAUUUUGUGAUACUACAUGCAUGACAUUUCUUACUUGUGCAGAGAGCUCGAGUUGUAGACUGAAGCGCUUUUAGGUUCUCCUAAAAUUUAAUGUGAAUAUUAUUUAUACAUUGUUUGAUAAAAAGACGUUUUAGAAAUAUUACAUGCAAAUUUUAAUUUUUGAUUUUGAAAUUAUUUAUCUCUUACGUUCAACAUGAGUCGGACUAGUUAGCGAAGCAAAUCAUCUUUUGCGAUCUGCACUAAAUUAUAUGCCAUAUGUGAGGUGAAAUGUCUCAUACAACUGGCGGACUGAAAAAAAUAGUUAUCACUGAACAGACAUAUGUUUUUGAAUGUAGGACUUUUUCAAAAGCAAAGCACAUUGGGGUCAUUGUACAACAGCAUGGAAGCAUUCGAUGUAACGAGACUUCCUUGAUUAAAAUUUAGAAUUCACUGUUUACAUGCUUUUAGGCUGCAUCGGUCCUGUAUAAGGGAUCAAAAAUUACAAAGCAAUAUGUUAUUUUGACUAUUUGGUUCUACUAGUCUACUCCGCGUAUCAACUGAAAGCCGAUGUAUUGCGUAAUUUUGUGAUUUUCAGUUAACCAUAGGUGUCUUCUGGCGAAUACACGGGCGUAAUUUUG